AUGACAGCCCCCACGCACCUCAUAAUCGUGUGCUGCCACGGCAUCUGGAUCGGCGGUCCCACAAACGGCCGCGCCGAGUCGGAGUGGCUCAUCGCCGGCUUCCAAGCCGGCGAGACCCCAACGUUCAUCGACCACAUCAAGGCCGGCCUGGCGGCGCUACAGGACGACCCGGCUUCUGUGCUCGUGUUUUCGGGAGGACCAACACGUAAAGAGACGCGCCUUUCGGAGGCGGAAAGCUACGCCAAUCUCGCCUCCGCCAACGCCUAUUUUGGUAUCUUCCCCUCCUCCCCGGACACCACCUUGUUCACGUCCCGCAUCCAUACGGACGCCCUGGCCCUGGACUCGUACCACAACGUCUUGCAUUCCCUUCUGCUCUUCCGCCGCCUCCACGCCUCUUGGCCGCGGAACCUGACGAUCGUCAGCCACGCCUUCAAGAAGCCGCGCAUCGUCGACGGCCACUGCGCCGCCAUCGGCUUCCCUCUCGAGAGGGUGCGCUUCGUCGGGAUCGACCCGCCUUGUAUGCAGGCUGCUAGUACUACUGCUGCUGCUGCUGCCAACGACGACGAAGACGACAAGAAAAACACUGGCGCAAGCGACGGAGACAAGGCGGGGGCCAUCGCCGGCGUGCAGCGCGCCGUCGACGAGUGGGCGCAGGAUCCGCAUGGCAUCGGGACGACCCUGGCCGGGAAGAGGAGGGCGAGGAACCCCUGGGGACUGGACGAUAGGUUAUUCGCGAGCGAAGAGGAGAGGGCGGGGAGCGGUGUUGUCACGAGGAUCGUGGCUGGGCACGAGGCGUUGGUUGACGAUGCGAAGAGGCCGUGGGCUUAG